UACAUGUGUAGGUUUAAGUAUCGCCAUUUACAAUGGCAGGCCAGUCACCCUGUGAAAUUCCCUCUUCAGUCCCUGGACAUCACCCCGAACCCUUUGCACGUCCUCCUUUGGAAUAACUACACCAACUUCCCUGGGGUCACCGUUGAGUGCUGUAUCUGGAAUGAUGGCAAUUCCUACCACGUCUCCUGGGAGCCUGGCCACAUCCUAUCAGAGGCUGUGCUGCGAGGAGACCAGCACUGCUACUCCCUGUCCAUAAAUAGGGUGCCGGAGCAGGAUACCUACUACAGAUGUGUCUUCCAGGACAGCACAAAAAAAGCUGUAGAGUCUGGAGUUCAUAUUGCCGUUCUAAAAGGCCAAGAUGCCUUCUGCUCAGCCGAUAGUGAUAAAGUAUGGACCACCACCAAAGCUGGACAUGAAGCUGAAAUCCUUUGUCCUUCUGGUAAAAGAGGCAGAAUAACCAGAAGCUGUUCCAAGAAGGGUCAGUGGGACAUUCCAAAGAAUAGCUGUGUGGAUGUCAGGCUGCUUCGUCUGCUCCAGAAGGCCCAGUGGGUCAGUGGUGGACUGGGAACUCCAGAGCUGGAGAUCUCCGGGAUGAUCAAAACUUUAAGUAACCUAAUUUUGUCAAGCCAAGGACAUGUCAAUAAUUCCUGGGAUAUUUGUAAUGUGGUAGAGACAAUAAAGACAAUCUCGCUGACUGCUUUGGACAACAACAUCAAAUUAAAUUUUAGCAUUGUGUCUGGUCUUCUUGAAGUGUACAGUCAAAUGUUGGAUAAGAGUCUGGGGGCCAUCUGGAUGGAUGUUCGUUAUGAAGACCCAACCAUUGCUCCCAUCUUCAUGCAGUCCAUUGAAAACAUAACUCAACUUUUUGAGCUAGAUGAAAACAGUUUUAACUUUACCAUUUACUACCCCAAUGUUGAAUUGGAUGCUGUGAUUCUUAGUAGCUCUGCAUUGACUGGCUACAACAAAACUUUUAACACAACCCUGACCACAGAAGUCUACAUGAAAAUUUUUAAAAUCCUUGACCAAGUCAUGGUCGACAAACUCAUGGUGACAAGUAUGAUGCUUAGGAAUCUUGGGAAAUUUCUUCCUCCUUAUUUUGGAGAUAGCGUUGAAGGACACCACCAUUUUGUGAGCAAUCGUCUUGUAAUUAACAACGUUAGGAUGAGUAGCCACAGUCUAAGACAAGUCAAUUUAGAUAUUGUCUUUGGGAGAGUGAUAAAUCCCAGUUCAUUGGAAGACGCUCUGCCACAAUGUGUGUUUUGGGAUUAUUCUCUAUUUGAGGGAGUUGGAGGGUGGUCAACAGAAGGAUGUCUGACUUUCCUUGGACGUAACGUCACUCUAUGCAGGUGUAACCAUUUGACAUCCAUCUCUGUGCUGAUGUCAAUUGGUGUUCUCGAAGAUGAAUUUCUGGAAAUUCUCAGCCAAAUUGGUGUUAGUUUAUCUAUCUUAAGCCUGCUUAUAUCUAUCACUGUCUAUAUUGUAGAGUGGAAGGUAGUUGUCAAUAAUGAUAUCUCCUUUUACCGUCAGACAGCUAUGAUCAAUAUUUUUCUGUCUAUAUUGAUUGCUGAUGUUUGGUUCUUGUCCUCAACCUUCAUUUCAGAGAGUCAAGAAAACAAACUUUGUGUUGCAGCAGCUUUCUUUCAGCACCUGUUUUAUUUAGCCUCGUUUUUCUGGAUGUUGUUUCAGGGGCUUAUUCUUUUUCACCAGUUGGUAUUUUCCUUUCAUCAGCUGGUGAGGAGCAUUGUGAUUCCCAGCAUGGUGAUUAUCGGAUACAUUUGCCCCCUUGUCAUUGCAAUUGUGACAAUAAUUUUGGACUACCCCAAGAAUGCAUACAUCAGAGAAGGGGAUUGUUUUCUUAAUGGUGAGAAUGGAGCUGUGUUUGCCUUUUCUGGACCGGUUCUUCUUAUCACGUUCAUGAACUUUUUUAUUGUUGGAGUUGUCAUCUGGAGAAUACUGAGGCCCCCUAUGUCUGAAGACCAGGAAGAAGACAGAAAAGCCAUGGUGGCCAGAGCCGUUGCAAUCCUGUCAUCAGUGCUUGGUGUGUCUUGGAUACUGGGGACCUUAACACUAAUAGAAGAAGCUCAUGAGUUCUUCGAAUAUGCUUUUACAAUCAUCAACUCUUUCCAGGGUGUUUUUAUUAUGAUAUUUGGGUGCCUUUUGGAUAAAAAGGCGAGGGAAGCAAUUUCUGAAAGACUUCCAAAAUUUCUGGCUAUAUUUCCAUCACUUAGCUGCUGUGAAUGUAGCUCUUACAAUCUGGAGCAGAAUCAAGACUUGGCUGUGUACAGUGUGGAGACCUACCGAAAGAUAGAGGACAGCUGAAAACAGUGGCAGUCAUCAUAUAUGAGUGGCAUUUAUGUCACACUUGUCACAGUCCUGGCGGUCUUGAACAGUAUGUGGACAGAAGGACAAUACACCAGUUAUUUUUUCUGGAUAAAUAUUUUGUUAAGGACAUGGCAAGAAGCAUUUUCAGCAAGUAUGGCAUCUAGCUGUGCUCCUACCUCAAAAGGCUUUGACGUGUACUAUAUGCUUUUCUGAUCUGAAUCUGUAUGUUUACGGAAAUAUGUUUUAUAUGCGGAUUUAUGUUUAUAUAUGCCAAGAGUUCAGCUUUAAAGGAUACAAAUAAAUGCAGCUCUCUAUUCAGUUAUUUUGUUUUUUAUUUAUCUGUAAGUACUUGAAUUUGGCUUGGUAUUG